AUGCCUUCAGCAACAGAGGUCUCGCAGGUGGUCCUCUCCAACCUCGGGCCCAUGACAACGGUCUUCACGCCACCCGCGUCGUGCGCCACCGCCAGCCCCCAGCUCUUCCUGGCCUUCACGAACGUGCCGGGCGUCCUGCCGUUCUACGGCCGGGACUGCGAGAAAUACGCGCUCGGCGACUGCUUCCCCUCCGGCAAGGCGAUCGACGACGGAAGGGCUUCGUUCCGGAGCUCGCCGUCCCUGAACAACCACGGAACCCUGUACUACCUAUCUCCCGCCAGCGUCUGCCCGGACGGCCACACCACGGUCGGCGUGGCUGCCAAGGACGGCGACGGCAAGGUCAGCUCGUCGGGUCUCUACGUGCCUCCCGUGUGGACGGCGGGCGAUAGCCUGGGUCGCGAACCGCGUAUGAACCCGGUGGAAAACAUCUUCAUGGAAGCGCUCGAUGCCGGCGAGACGGCGGUGGUGUGCUGUCCCGAAAACUUCGAAGCCGGACGGGUAGACGGGUGCUACUCGCCCGUGCCGUUCUCGGUGUACGGCGAUCCCAUCACGGCGUGCUACUCAGCCUACCAAAGAGACUUUGGAGACGUUGCCACCGUGAACGCGACGUUCACCUACAACCACACCGUCGUCGCGGGCGAAGUCAUCUCCUACACCGGAGGCAGUAUUUCCUACUAUACCACGAAAACGGAGACAUUCGGACCUGAGGAAGUGAAAACAAAUGACAUGGGGGCGUUCGAGGGCAGAGCGGCGGUUACUUUGGUGUACCGCGAGGCGGGGGAGACGGGCAGUGGCGCUGCUGGUCCGACGGAGACGUCGCCGAGCGCCGCGCAGGGCUGGAGGAUGACGACCGCGGGCGGCGGGGUCGGCGUGUUGGCUACUGCUUGGACGCUUGCUGCGCUGGUGGGCGUGGCUGUUGCACUUCCUUGGUGA